AUGGUGGGAGACACACCUCGUCAGGGAAGUCAGUUGGUAGAGACCCAAGAACCAGAAAUUGAUCUCUUUAGAAAGCUCAAUUCCUAUCCGUUCAGUACAGAUGUGGAAUUUGCAAAAGGCCUCUCCAUCAUCCUCGGUCAUCCCGACAUCCCGGCAACUAAAGCUGAGAUCGAUUGCGAAGAUGACCUAGUAGUACAAGCAAAAUGCUUCUAUUUUUCGCGCAAAGAGCAGCUGUCGCCGCCACUCGAUUUCAAAAAAUUCAAGACCUGGUUGGGUUCGACUCCGACAGCAGAGCCCUCGCCUGACGCUGAAAUCUGCAAUUAUGAUUCUCAACGAGCAAGCGUAUCAGAGACCGCAGUACCGCCUGGCUUAGUUUCUAUGAAUCAGCAAUCUCCGUCUGUUCAAGAGCCCGCUUACCCAUCAUCCUUCUCUCGGAUUGUCGAACUCAUAACGACUGGUCAACAAAUACCCGGCAUUCAGCAAAUACCUGACACAGUUUUGACGGGCCAUGAUACUCCAAGUGAGAAACCGAGGCGACGGAAACCUUGGGAAGUAGAUGAUGAAUUUGCACGAGGGUCAGAGUCAGCGGUUGAAAAUUGA